CUUUCCAACGAAGCACACUGACCAGCACCAGCAUCAGCGUCAGGGCGCAAAAACGUACAACUUUCAAGAAUAAAAAAAUAAAAAAAACUUUUAGACAAUUUAGACUAAAUUAAUUUAUUCCUACAAUACGCUUUUAUUUCCAAAGCGACGAAAAGAAGCUCGCCAAGGGGAAAUACACGUCUGUAGGUUUUUAGCGAAAGCAAAAGUCAGUUGUGUCACGCGCACCUGUGAGACCGUCCGACCGCGGAGAUGUCGCAUGUACAAACUUCAGCCACUUACCAGGAGCUGAUCCGGAAGAAACGAGACGGGGGUCAGCUCACUCAGCGGGAGAUAAGAGACUUCGUGCAAGGCGUCAAGUUGAAGACCAUCCAAGAAAGUCAAAUCGGGGCGAUGCUGAUGGCGAUCUGGCAGAAGGGGAUGGAGACAGAGGAGACUCAUGCGCUGACGAAGGAAAUGAUGCUAUCGGGGGAAGUGAUGUCAUGGCCAGCGGAGUGGGAGGGGCUUGUGGUGGACAAGCACUCCACGGGGGGGGUGGGGGACAAGGUCAGCCUGGUGCUGGCCCCCGCCCUGGCUGCCUGCGGCUGCAAGGUCCCCAUGAUCAGUGGUAGAGGUCUGGCACACACAGGUGGCACCCUGGACAAACUGGAGUCCAUCCCAGGAUUCAACAUCUACCAGCCAGUCCAGCAGCUCCAGAGGAUCCUGGCGGAGGUGGGCUGUUGCAUUGUGGGUCAGACGGAGACACUGGUCCCUGCAGACAAGGUUCUGUACGCGCUGAGAGACGCCACCUCCACUGUGGACAGCCUCCCUCUCAUCACUGGCUCCAUCAUCUCUAAGAAGGGUGCUGAGUCUCUGAGUGCGCUGGUUCUGGAUGUCAAGUUUGGGAGAGCAGCUCUGUACAAGGACCUGGCCAGCGCCAAGACCCUGGCCCAGUCCCUGGUGACGGUGGGGAACAGCCUGGGCAUGCGGACGGGGGCGGUACUUAGCCGUAUGGACGCUCCGAUUGGCCGCUGUGUGGGAAACAGCCUGGAGGUGAUCGAGUCUCUGGAGAUCCUGAAGGGGAGGGGCUCACACACCCUGAUAGACCUGGUCACCACCCUGGGUGGUCUGCUGCUGGUGAUGAGCUCCAGAUCCGCCAGUCUGGAGGAGGGGAAGAGGGCGGUCGCUAGGACCCUGCAGGAUGGCUCUGCCCUCGCCAAGUUCCAGGCCAUGAUGCAGGCUCAGGGAGUAGCCAAUCACGUGGCUUGCUCCCUCUGCGCCGCCCACACAGACUAUUACAGGGUCCUGAGACGAGCCCAGAACCAGACUGAGCUGGAGACACAGAGACAGGGCACGGUGUUGGACGUAGAUGGGAUGGUUCUGGCUGAGGUGCUGCACAGUUUGGGAGCAGGGCGUUCCAAGGCUGGGGAACCAAUUAAUCACAGUGUGGGGGCAGAGCUUCUGGUGUCUGUAGGAGAGCAGGUAGACAAAGGUCAGCCCUGGCUGCGUGUCCACUUUGAGAGCCCGGCUCUGAGUCCAGCCCAGACGCUCCUGCUGCAGAACAUCCUGACCCUCGGGACCCCCUUACCCCAGCACACACACACACACACUCUGGUGGCAGAAACCAUCCUUCCUUAGGAAUUUACACACACACACAAUCUCUGAACUCUCAGAUUUUAUAGUUCAGAUGUUAAACAUUUCUAGAAACAGCGGUGAAACUCAAAGUUCACACUGGAGGAUGUGGACCUAGCGUAAAACAGGACCCUUACUUUGAGGGCAUGCAGACAGACAUGCACACACACACUUCAACUACACACUAGACUAACUACUUCAUACUGAAUCAGGGGUGAAGUCAAAGAGGUCCAGAGACUAACAUCUUCUCCCCCCAAAUGUCCAAACCAUUAAAAUGUCUUGAUUUGGGGCGUCGUUCUUGUAUGUUUAACUACUACACAAAGUACUGACACUCCCUGCGGGAAGGAUAAAGGCAUACUUGUUUGUCCACUUUAAAAGCUUGAUGUUCUGUA